GGGAGGUUUGGUGAGAAGGCAACAGGUUCCUCCUGACGCAGCGUAACUGCGCCCUCCAGUGGACACACCCAGCAGCCAUCGCUCAUCCGUUUUGUUCUUCAUUCCCUUCUGUUAAAACCAGACUUCAUCGCUUUGAUCCGUGUUUAUAUAUUUGUUUUAGAGGCUGAAUCCAGCGGGUGUUUGUUAAACUUAGUUCCCAGUGAAAGCAGCAGCAGCAGCACUGGUCUGUUCCGGCUGCUCCUCGCCCCUCUCCCCCUCUCCCCAGUGGAGAGGCAGCACUGUGCGCUCGGCUGCGCCGGAGGAAGCAAAGCGUGGAGAAGAAGAGUUCACCAAACUCACAGCGGAUCGUUUGGAUCUUUAUUUGUCUUCCUUCAGCGUGUCAUUUCGGUGUGGACUGAGGGGAAACAAGCAGCAAACACCGCAGGGCUGCACCGGGGGCCCAAACCCCAUCGCUGCAGCAUUAUGGGCAACUUCUCCAGCAAGGAAGGCCAUGGACCCACAGGGGCCCAUGGGGAGAGUUUCCACACUCCUCCUACUUCUCCGCAGAAUGACCUUCCUGCCGUCCCCCAACUCCUCCACGCCACCACGCCUCACUCUUCCCUCGCUGCCCCACUUUCACCUCCACCUCCAGUCCCAGUCAUCACACCAAUUGGGAAGAAAUCACAGCCCACCACCACCACCACGCCGACCACUCCCAGCAAAUUCAUUCCGGUUCCUAAUUGGAGGUCUAACUCGUCGGUCAGCUCAAACAGCUCAGCCACUGGCCCUGGAGUCAGCCCGGUGCACAACAACAAGCCUGGAGCUGCUGUGGUUAAAGCGCCAGCGGCUGUGGGGAGGAACGGGGGUCCUCCUACCUCUACGCCUCGGACUCCGGGCUCCCAGGGGAAGACUGUGGUUUUCAGCCCCACAAAAAGCCCCUCUUCUCUGUGUAGUGCCUCACCUGUGGUGGGCAGUUCCUCAGGACUGACCUGGAGGGAAAGGGACAGUGGUCUGAGUCAGUCUUUGCUGCUGGGUCUUGAAUCUGGGGACGGCCAGGCUGAGGAAAGGGGAAAGCUGCUGGAGGAGUGUCGGACAUCACUGGGUAUCACCGACAGUCACGAUCAGGCCACGGACACAGAUGAGAUACUGCAGCAGCUCCUGGCAGAAGUGAAGACUUUGAAGAGCACUUUGCAGACAGAGCGUGGGGAGUGGCUGCAGUUCCAGGCUGACCUCCAGGUGGCGGUGUCAGUGGCGGACCGCCUGAGAGCAGAGGCAGAGGAAGAGCUGACGGCUCUCCGAACGGCGCACACAGAUGUCGAGAGGGAGCUGGCUGCUGCCCAGCAGAGGCAGAAGGAGGCUGAUACGCAACUUGUCACCGUGAGGGGGGAGCUGAAGGAGAGCAGGCAGAGACUGUCAACUGUCAACCAGGCUCAGGGUAAAACUGAGGCCCGGGCUCCGUGUCCGGCCCCAGAGAGGCCCAACGCAGAACCAACCGUCACUGUUGAGAGCAGAGAAGGAACCCAGAGGGGCACGGAGAGGACGUCGUACAGGCUGGGACGAGAAGGGAUGGAGAGACGGAGCGAGAAGGACCUGACUAAGAAUGUCGUAAGCGAGGAUGCGAAAACGGACUGUAAGGGCGUGGCUAAACGUUACCUGAGGAAUGUGACCAAUGAGGAUAGGAGGGGAGAGGAGGUGCGACCCACAGAGACACGACGGACGAUAACCACAGAAAGAUCAAGAAGCCUGUCCAGGUUACCUGCCUCGACAGACCUCACCAUGCAGAAUGGAACAUCCCAGUCCAACAGCGCCACGACAGUGGGACCCACAAACAUGAACUCAGGGCAAAUAAGGGGCCGAAAAAAUCUGGAUUCGCAAGACAGCAAGUCAAGCACUGACAUAGGGAAACGUGAGGAGUCUCUAAACAAGUACAACUCUGCCCUCACCGAGUUACCUCCCACCAAUUUGUGUCCUGUUGUCAGGUCCCAGGAUGGUUUCAACCUGCUGCUGCGUCGCCAUGGAGGCUCCAAGAGAAACUCGCUGCUCCGCUGGUGUCAGAGCCGAACCCAGGGCUACAAGAAUAUUGACAUCACCAACUUCAGCAGCAGCUGGGCCGACGGCCUCGCCUUCUGCGCCGUCUACCACACCUACCUCCCCUCACACGUCCCCUACAGCAGCCUCACUCCAGAGAACAAGAGGGAGAACCUCGGUCUGGCAUUCAAAACAGGAGAGACUGUUGGGAUUGCACAAACCCUGACAGUAGAGGAGAUGCUGAGAGCAGGGGGUCCUGACUGGCAGAGGGUGCUGAGCUACGUGGAGAGCAUGUACCGUCACUUCGAGAUGUGACUGCUGACAGAGGUACUGACAGGACACGGCAAAGGAAACCCAUCAUGUUGUUAUGACGAUGUCUCCAUCAUUCGUGUCAGGAAACUGGAGAAACAGUUCUGUAUGAAAAAAAAUUCAUUUAAAGCUGCAAUUUGCAACUUUUUGACGUGAAAUAGGAUUUUGCUUGACAUGCAGUGCAGGAUUUGUUAGAAACUCCAAUAUCUAUGACUCAAAGCCGUCGCAACCAAAGGACGUAAACGCUGACGUCAGCUUUUCCCACUUGGGUCGUUUCCUUUCAUAUUUAAUGUGACUUUACAAACGCUGGCUCAGGCAGGAAUGAGGGUGUGGAAGAUUCUAGCACAUUGGAUUUCACAUAUUUACUGAAUAAGUGAGUUUACGUACAAUCUAAACAUUUCACAGCUAAGCAGAUGUGUUAGUAACACAUGAGGAAAAUCCUUGUUUUGUCCUUUUGCUAAAAACUUAUUUGAUAAGUAAAUUGGGAAAAUAAUAUGUGGUAUAUAGGUACCUGAUAAAGGCUUAAUCUUGAAAACAUAAUAGUUAAAAAAUUAUAUUUAAGAAAUUAUAAAUAUUUCUUAAUAUCGAUUUUGUUCCUGUGGGUUGAAGUUCGCUUUGGCUUUUUUUGCUGUCAUGUGGAAACGCUCCCUGACCAUAAACUAAAGAUGGACAACAUGACUGCUCCCCUAAAGUGAAGCCAAUAGAUCUCUAUCACCACUUGGUGGCUGCCUGAAGUAUCGGUCAAAUAUCUUGCCUCUUCCAUGUUAGGGGAUGGGACAUGAACCUAACUAAAGAAGCCACAUACAACUUUUCUUAAAGAUGGUUUCUAUCAAUUUAAGAUAGUGAAAGAGGUUAAAUGUCGUGAUUGACAGCUGAGUAUUGAAGGGACCUCACUGUUGCGGUGCCAUCCCCCGAUCACUAUUGUGCAGACUCUGACUCCAAAUGUGUAAGAAGGUGGUAUUCCCAUCUGGGAUAUUUUCUCCUCAUUCCUGGAUAGUUGGAGGAAGUGAAGACACGUCGUCCUGUUACAGUAUUUGUCUCUGACCAGGUCGAGGCAGUGGAAGUCACAUUGACUCCACAGUCAAUAAUACAUUUUUUGUUGUUGUUUACCUGCCUGUAUGUUUCAUAUCCUUAACCAGCUGACAUUUCACACACAUCUGUGAGUAGUCCGAAAACUUCGGAUACAGUCCAAGUGCGCAGUUUAUCCAUUUGAGCGAAAAGUUUUGAGAUAAGCAAAAUGCAAAGAGUUGCAUAAUGCAGCUUUCAAAAUAAAGCUUAUCAUUGACCACCGUUAUAGAAGAUAUGUUGAUCUUUUUUGAUAGUAGCUCUUGGAGAAAGGUUGUGUAAACAGAACGAGGUGCUGUAAACGUCUCCACACUGGCAGAAACUUUAUCACAUUGUGACUUUCAUCAGAUAUGUUCAACCUUGCCUUUUUUUUAACCUUGUAUGUGACUCUCUCUUUGUUUCCUGGACCUGUUUAGCACUCUGUAAAUAUGCACUUUGUCCGCACUUUUUUUUUUGGUGUAAGAAUGUAAUGAUGUACAGUACAGACCUGUGUGAAAAGCUUGGGUGGGCGUUCAGUGUCAAGGCUGCAGACCAGUCAGUUUUUUCUUUGUGAAUGGCAGUCGAUGUUUUCUCACAGGAAAACACUGGGACUGUGUGGCAGUGAUCGAAAUAAAAAAAACAAGUAUCAUGCCUCCGUGUUAUCAUGAGUGUGCCAGUGCUGCAUUGGUGCUCAGGGAUGUGCAUGACAGCCGUGACACAUAGCAAAAAAAUACACACACACACAGGCAGAGUUUCCAUUUCAUGUUACAGCUGCAUCCCGCCAAACAUCUUAUUUCACAAGAGCUGAAAAACUAAACACCAGGUACUGUCAUGACACGUUUAAUGCCGCGUGUGUUGCCAAAGUCGUACGUGCCAAAAUACACCAUCUAUUGUAAAACCUGUUUAUAUGUAACUAAUGUGAAAAAAGAAACAUGAUACCAAAGAAAUAAAGUAUUAAUAUGAAACUAA